CUUAUAGGGAGGACCUAGAUCAGCUGAAGCGGCACAUCGAACACACCUGUCGCCGCAUCGGACCAGUUGAGCUGUGCUGCACACGCGAGGCUUAAGUACAUCCCAACCUCACAUUAACUGUUUGCCUCGCCCUGCACAAGUACCAUGAACGCUGCUUUGAUCGUUGCGACCGCCGCGUCGGUGGCGUCGGCCAUCACUAUCAACACUCGCGUGCUUCGCCACUUUGAGACCGAGUCGACGAGGUCGGUCGACAUCCUUGUCAAACUCCCCUUGGACGUGGUGAGCAUGGAGCAGGGCGCGGCCGCGUCGACGUCGCCCCGCGAAUUCGUCCACGAGUUCUUGCAAAAUGCGUCCAUGGCGAACGUGGCCGAGCUCCAGAGCGUCGUCGGCGCCGGCGUGACGGUCAAGGCGUUGCCGAUUGGGGGCGCCGCGCUGAUCUCGGGCGCGACCAAGAUGACGUUGGACGUGCUGACAGCGGCAUCGGCCGUGACGUACGUGGACUUGAACUCGAACGACUACUCGAUCCCCGAGGUGUUGUCGGGGUCGAACGGCCGCGAUGCCGCUGCUGCCAACGAGUGGGGUGUGGAAGCCGUCGGCGCCCCAGAGAUCUGGAAGUACUCGACCGGGAAGGGCGCGAUUGUCGGGUCCAUCGACACGGGCGCGCUGCACACUCACGAAGCCAUCAAGGCCAGCUGGCGCUCUGAUUUGGGCUGGUUCGACCCGUACAAAAAGACGGCCAUGCCGUGGGACUCGCAAGGCCACGGGUCGCACACGAUUGGGACCAUGGUCGGUGCGAACGGCAUCGGUGUAGCCCCGGGGGCGCAGUGGAUCGCGUGCAUGGGUUUGUACGAGGGGUAUGGGACUACCGAGGCCAUGUUGACGUGCGCGCAGUUCAUGCUGUGCCCCACCAAGGCGGACGGCACGGGCGCCGACUGCAAGAAGGGCCCCCACGUCGUCAACAAUUCGUGGGCGGCGGACAGUGGGUACAACCCGUGGAUGGAAGACGCCGUCGCGGCGUGGAAGGCGGCCGGCAUCAUUCCUGUGUUUGCCAACGGCAACGCCGGGCCCAAGUGCGGCAGCGUCGGCAACCCCGGCGGGUACAAGACGGUCAUCAGUGUCGGCGCGAUGGGGUCGUACACCAACGAAAAGGACAAGCUCGCGUUCUUCUCGUCCAAGGGUCCCCAGACCACCAACGGCGCGUCGUCGUACGUCAAGCCGGACGUGUCAGCCCCCGGCUUCUACACGCGCUCCGUCGGCAUUGCGUCCAACACCGAGUACGUCGAGAUGGCCGGGACCUCCAUGGCGGCCCCUCACGUCGCCGGUGUCGUCGCCCUUAUCAAGAGCGUUGACAGCACGGUCUCGUACGAUCAAGUGUUCAAGUACUUGACGGCCACGACGGACCAGAAGGAUCUCAACACGACCGAGCCCAAGAAGUGGAUCUUGAGCGACAACAGCAAAUUGCUUGGGGCGCCCAACUGCGGCGGCACCGCCGACGCGUCGUGGCCCAACAACCGCUUCGGUCAUGGCCGCGUCAACGUCGGCACGAUCUUGCGCGACGGCAAGCUCAACGACAGCCGUCGCCCCACGUGCUAAGCGCCGUUCUCCCCAGCCAUUCGCUCGCCCCACCUCACGCGCUUAGUCGUCGCCUUAUCCGUUUUUCAAUCUCACCAAAACUAAUUCC